AUGUGUUUUAAUAUCUUCUUCCAAUGUCUUUGUUUUCUACAUAGUGUCAUGGAGAACAACCAGACUACAGUGACAGAUUUCAUUCUGCUGGGGUUUCUUGUUAGCCCUAAGAUGCACCAAAUUCUCUUUGGGCUCUUCUUCCUACUCUACAUCUUUACUCUGCUGGGUAAUGGAGUUAUCUUGGGACUGAUCUGCCAUGAUUCCCGACUCCACACUCCCAUGUACUUCUUCCUGUCACAGCUGGCCAUAGUUGACAUCUCUUAUGCCUCAAACACAGUCCCCCAGAUUCUGACAAAUCUCUUAGAUCCAGCCAAGCCCAUCUCCUUUGCAGGUUGCAUAAUGCAGACCUAUUUCUUUUUGGUGUUUGCCCACACUGAAUGUCUUCUGCUGGUAAUGAUGAGCUAUGACCGAUAUGUGGCAAUCUGCCAUCCCCUCAGAUAUACUGUCAUUAUGAACUGGAGAGUGUGUAUUGCAUUGACUAUCACAUCCUGGGCAUUUGGAUCCCUCCUAGCAUUGGUCCAUGUGCUUCUCCUCAUUAGGCUGCCCUUUUGUGGGCCUCGGGAAAUCAACCAUUUCUUCUGUGAACUUCUGUCUGUACUGAAACUUGCCUGUGGGGACAUAUGGCUCAACAAAAUUGUCAUAAUUAUUGCCUGUGUGCUUAUUUUAGUUGGUCCCCUCUGCUUGGUCUUAAUCUCCUACACACGUAUCCUUGGUGCUAUCCUGACAAUCCAGUCAGGGGAAGGUCGAAAGAAAGCCUUCUCCACCUGCUCCUCCCACCUCUGUGUGGUAGGGCUUUUCUUUGGUAGUGCCAUCAUCACUUACAUUAGCCCUAACUCCAGGAACUCUGGGGAGCAACAGAAAAUUCUUUUCUUGUUUUACAGCUUCUUUAAUCCUACCCUAAAUCCUUUGAUCUAUAGCCUGAGAAAUGCAGAGGUAAAGGGUGCCCUAAGGAGAGUGCUUAGGAAGGAGACACUGGGUUAA